GCGUUCUGUCUUAGUCUCAGUCGAGUGGGUGUGAUAUCUGCAGUGUGGUUCUGCGGGUGGAAGGGAAACGGAACCUGUCCUAAGAACCGGUGAAUUUGACAACUUUACGCGCGAAGAGGGACGGUUUAGAUACCAUGAAGGCGCUGCUCUUGUCAGCGUUGGUGGCUUCGGCGCUGCUUGUGUCGGUGGCAGAGACCAAUCUUUGCGACCAGUAUUUCACCAACCCCAACAUGACCUGCAUCAUGGACUACGAAUGCACAAGCGGUGGAAGCUCCAUCUCUAUCUAUGAGGACUGUUCUCCAGGAAGCGAACUUUUAACUGCUAUAGAUGAUACAAACGCAGCACAUACCUGUGACCACUUGACUGUGAAUGGAAAAGAAGUUCUACUAAAAAUAGAGCUGGAUGCCGAGAAGGACAAUACCUACACACUCAACUGCAAGCUUUUUAGUGAAUCCUAUUUAACGCAAUUCCCUGUAGAGAACGUGAAUGAAUUCAAGCCUGAAGUUCAAGACCAAAACCCGAUUUUUGACAUCAGGGUUCCCGAGGAACAAGGUGCACAAGUCAUCGUCAGCUUCAGUUAUCAGGACGAAGACUACAAGGAAACUGAGGCGCUGACUUGUGAGCUGAAAAGCGGUGACAUCGACAAUUUAUUUGAAGUUGAAUCAGUAUACAAGAAUGAUAUGAUGGUGUUUUCCCUCAAAACCAAAAGUUCGCUUGAUUUCGAGAAGAUGAUGUAUUACAGACUCGAGUAUGAUAUUAAG